AUGAAAUCCUUGAGUGUUUCACUGGUGGUCCUGUGGCUCCAGCUAAAUGGGGUGAGCAGCCAGCAGAAGGUGCAGCAGAGCCCAGAAUCUCUCACUGUUCCAGAGGGAGCCAGGACCUCUCUCAACUGCACUUUCAGUGAUAGUACUUCUCGGUAUUUCGCAUGGUACAGACAAGAUCCUGGGAAAGAACCCAAGGAGCUAAGGUCCAUCAUCUCCACUGGUGAAAAGGAAGAAGGCAGAUUCACAAUUCAGCUCAAUAAAGCCAGCCUACAUGUUUUCCUGCACAUCAGAGACUCCCAGCCUGGUGACUCUGCUCUCUACUUGUGUGCAGUGAGCACACAGUGCUCCCCAGGCACCUGCAGCCUGCAUACAAACCUACUGUGCAGUACAAGCCCUGACAUAGGGGUGAGCAGCCAGGAGAAGGUGCAGCAGAGCCCAGAAUCCCUCAUUGUCCCAGAGGGAUCCAUAGCUUCUCUCAACUGCACUUAUAGUGAUCCUAAUUUUCUGUACUUCUGGUGGUACAGACAGCAUUCUGGGGAAGGCCCCAAAGCUCUGAUGUCCAUCUUCUCUAAUGGUGAAAAGAAAGAAGGCAGAUUCACAGCUCAGUUCAGCAAAGCCAGCCUGCAUGUUUCCCUGCACAUUAGAGACUCCAAACCCAGUGACUCUGCUCUCUACUUCUGUGCAGCGAGUGAGCGCACAGUGUUCUCCAGGCACCUGCAGCCCGCACCCAAACCUACCUUGCCUUGCUAA